AGUAAACUUUAAACACGAGAGUGUAAAAAUUGUUCAACAAUGUCCGAAGACGUCAAACCCGAAGUAAUAAAAAAAACGCAAGAUUUACUUGGAAAGUACUUUAAAAAGCCUCCACUUACGGAAAAGUUGUUGAGAAAACCGCCCUUUAGGUUCAUUCAGGACAUUAUUAUAGCUAUAAUCAAAGAAACUAAAUUUCUGGAUGGCUUAUUUACUGCUGAAGAAUUGAGUAUGGACAUUGCCAAGGACAAGGAAGCGAAGCUUGCUUAUUUGACUAAAUUAAUCGAUGUUGUUAAAUUAAUCACUGGAAUUAAUUUAACAGUACGAGCGACAAAAAUUAUCUCCGGUCAUGAACCCACUAAGACUAAUGAGCUACUGCAAGCCAUUGGAAGAGCUCUGGACAAGAAUACCAGCAGCAAAGAAGCCAUAAUGCAUUACAAAAAUCGGUUAGAGAAAAAAUCUGAUUCCAAGAAGCCCACGAGUAAAGAGGGUUCUUCAAAAAAAUUAAUAACCGAGACUUCGGCACUCGUGAGUAAAGAGGCUUCUUCUAAAAAGCCAAUAACGGACACUUCGACACGAUUAGCGAAGCAUGCGAAUAAAGAGCCGCGAAAGACCGAGUCCGAAAAACGGAAAACGAGAAAAGUAAAAUCGCAGGAACCGGAACCAAAGGAAAAAUUGAGAGAGAAAAAAAUGCCGAAACCUGCGGCAGUGAAAGACAAAAGUUUAACCGAAGCAAGUAUGGAAAAAGUGGAACAGUCUGCGGUUGAAGUUCCGCCUGAAAAGGAUAUAGGUAACGAUUCAACUGAUUUGAUAAUCAAGAAAACUCCUGAUUCUGCAAAAGUUCAUCAACCAAAAAAUAUAAUACCGAAAGCUGAUGAACUUGUAAAUCUAACGAAAUUAAAUCAAAGUAAUGAGGAUUCUGGCAAGCAAACUGAGUUUAUAAAUCGUUUAGAUUCGGGGAAAUAUGCCGAAUUUUUGAAGCAUGAUGAAUCGGUUAAGGUGCAAAAUUCACUGGUACGCGAUAAUACAGUUUCAGGAAAAUUGCGUGAAACUAAUUUGAUUGAUGUGGGUGGUGGCAGUGCGAGUGUGGCCAAUAUAAUUGUUGAAAAAUCCGAGCAAAAGGAUGAGGCUGAAGAUAUGGUGGUGAUCGAGACAAAGAAGGGAUCGAUUUUUGAAUCGACAGCGCGAAAAGAGAUUGAUGUGACCGAGGAGCAUGGAUAUCUCGUUGCACAGAUUUUAAAAACGGAACAGGAAUUAGUGAGUAGAAAUAGUGCCGAUAAUCCAAACAGAAAAGUGGAAAUUGUCUGGCAAACGGGAAUCGUGCGUGAUCGCGAAUCAAUAGUAAAAGCCGUUGACAACUUGAGAAAUUUGAUACAAACAUUGAUUACGUAUACUAAUCCUAUGGGAAAAAUAUUGGAUUAUUUACAAGGUGAUAUUGAGAUAAUGCAGAAAGAGGUGAUGGAUUAUCGGAAUCAGUAUGCUACUGUGAACAAAUUGUUGGAGGAUGAACGCAUACAGACGGAUAAAUUUAUGCACAAUAUGAAAGAGUCUCUCGAAGACAUUGAGGCGAAUGUUUAUGAUCAAUUGAACAAAAUUUACCAAGUGAAAAUUAAUAUUUCGAAGAAUGAGCAUCAAAUUCAGCGGCUACUGAAUGAUUGUGCUUGA